AUGGCAACUGUCACCAAUGAGAACCUCGUAUUCUAUCCCGCGUUCUGCUUCAAGGCGUCACCAACGCACUUUACCUGGGUGAAAAUGAGUGCAGCCGAUGUGCAUCGUCUCCGAAGAUCUAGUAGCUUUGUGGGCCAAAACAUCUUCUUCUACAACAAUCACCCAAUUCAAUUCGUCAGCCUAGUAGGCGUGAUAGUGGCGCGAACUGAUUUCCCAUGGCGCACAAUCUUAACACUAGACGACAGUAGCGGUGCAACAAUCGACAUAGCCGUACUUAAAAAGACCACACCAAAACCAGGGACUAGUCAAGAAACCCCUACCACAGACCCAGAACAAACUGAAUGGUCUUCAUUUUCCCUCACAGCACCAACAGCUACCAGCCUCACCCAAACAACACACAUAACCUCCAAAGACCGCGAUGAGAUAGAUAUCUCAGCUCUCCAACCAGGAACGCUAGUUCGGGUAAAGGGGACAUUGUCAACCUUUCGUUCGCAGAUGCAGUUACUUCUCGAGCGGUUCUGGCUCGUGCGCGAUACGAACGCUGAAAUGCAGUUCCUCGAUACCCGUCUGCGGUUCCUUGUUGAGGUCUUGUCUGUGCCGUGGGUGUUGACUGACGAGGAGAUUGAGAAGCUGCGUGAUGAUGCCGAGAGGUGUGAUGAGCGCGUGCUGGAGGAUAAGAGGCGGGCAGAGAGGGCUGCCAGGAAGAGAAUUGAGCGUGAGGAGAGGCAUGCUAGGGCUAUUGCGCGCCGGUAUGAGAAGGAGGAGAAUGAGAGGGAGAGGGAGCUUAGGGAAAUUAGAGAGGAUGGGGAGAGGGUCAUGAGGAAGUUCGGGUUUGGGGCGUGA